AUGGGUCCCUCGUCGUUGAUCUUGCUACCGAGCGCAUUGCUGGCGACAACGUCGGCCCAGUCCUCUAACCCUUCAGUAUGGGCAUCCGUCGCGAUGGUCAUGCACGGUGAGCGCACGCCUCUGCUUGGCGGCCUCCAGAACACCUUGACGCCCCAGGGUGCUCAACAGCUGUAUGCUCAGGGCGAUGCCUUCAGAUCGCGCUAUCUGACCAGCGCAAGGCUGAUGUUGAACGCCUCCGAGGGCCGCAUCACCUCUCGCUUCCCGAUCCAAGGCAUGGCGAGAAACGUCCUUGAGCAUGAGCAGCUCGCGAUCCUUUCGGCCCCCGACUCCCACAUCGUUGCCGGCGCCAACGCCUUUAUGCAGGGCCUGUACCCACCCAUCGCCAAGGCCUUUGCAGCAGACACUGGUGGGACCAACAUCUCCUAUUCGACAUUGACCGGGAACUCGACUCAGUACCCAUUGGACGGCUACCAGUACCCAGUGAUUGAAAUCCUGGGAUCAUCGGACGAGAGGUCCGUCGACAUUCGAGGCAACACGGAAUGCCCACAAUGGGGGAUCUCAACCACAACUGGUAUGCAGCUCGACCCCGACAUGAAGAAGCUCGACGAAGCUUCUCUUCCCGGAUACCUGUCGUUGUUCAGCACCCCGCCUUUGAAUGACGGCGUGGUUCCCCUAUCCAGCGCGAGCUUUUGGGACGCCUACAACAUUCAGCAGUACGUCAGCUACCGCUACUCACACGAGCAGGCCAUCUACGACGCGAUGAAAGACGGGUACGCAUCGCGGAACGAAUUCCUCAUGACGUACGCCAGACUACAGCAACUCAACAUGACGUCCAACCAGGCAGUCUCAGGCCUGCAAAAGGGUGACAUGAUCCGGACCAUAGCCGGAAGGACAUUGGCCCGGAAGGUUGUCGACGCUUUCCGGGCCAACGGGGACCACGCCGGUUCCACCGACAAAAUGACGCUCAUGUUCAGCUCCCACGAACCCUUUAUGUCCUUCUUCUCCCUCGCCCGACUCCAUCAGGGCGAUCCCACUUUGCCGAGCACCUUCUGGAACAUCCCUCAGAACGGUGCGGUUAUGGUCUUUGAGCUCAUCGGCGACAUACCAGAUACCGCCGGCGACGACGCCGACGCCUACCCGACCGAGGAUAACCUCUACGUACGUUUUCUGUACAGAGAAAACGCCGAUCCGAACACGCCCUUCAAGGAAUACGCCCUCUUCGGCCUCGCCGACACCGAAGCCCGCGUGCCAUACAGCCGAUUCAAGCAGGAGAUGCUCAACUUCGGCGUCGACGUCUCGGCGUGGUGCAAGAUCUGCGGCUCGGUGCAGUCCUUUUGCCAAUGGAGAACCGCCCAGCCCACCAUCGGCGAGGCCAUUCGCUCGGCUGUGCAGAAGCCCUUCGUCGCGGGCAUCAUCGGCGCAAUAAUCGCCCUCGCCGUCCUGGGCCUGGCCGCCGUCGCCGCGAUCCUUUUCGGCGGCUUCCGCAUUCAGCGACCGGAGACGCCGAGGACGGUACCUAGACCCCGGCGGGAAAGCCGGAUCCCCAUGUUGUUCGGCGGGCUCAGGUCCAACGAGAAGAUGGCCAGCGACCCGGACCUGUCGGUAUCGAGGCGCGGGUCGCACCACGAGCGCCACGGCAGCUGGGAGCUGCGCGAUGGACCCGACGGCACAUCUGGCAGGACAGACGCCGGCGUGGGUAAAGGCACGUGGAGUUUCCAUAACAAAUUGGUCGGCUCUUUGAAUGGUGUGAUGGGGAUCCCUCCAGUAAAGCCCAGGGAGGAUGUCUGA